GCUUCAUUCUAGAACGCCUCUCUUCUCUGAAGCCCUACUUGAAAGAGUCCUUGUUGCAGAAGAGCUGAGCUGGGCGCUUUUCUCCUUUUAGCCUCCUCGCCAUUUCCAUAGGCACAUUCCUCCACCAUCUCCUCCUCUCUCUUUCCCUCUUGUGACAUUUAUCAAGAUGAACAAGUACCUUCUCCUGGGCUUUUCUGUUCUGAUCUUCUGCACAGUUGCACAAGGUCUGGUGUGCAAAGUUUGCAAAUUCAAAGUCGGCGACCUCUGCUUCAAAUCCGAAGAUCCCUGCAAAGCCAAUGAGGGCCAAUACUGCGAAACAACCAAAGUGUAUUCAGGCAGCUUGAAGCUCUUCACCAAACACGGCUGUAGCAAGUACACAGAGCUCUGCAACAAGACCGAGCAGAGGGACAACGUCUUUGACAUGAGCUACAACCGCACGUGCUGCAACUAUGACUUGUGCAACGGGGCAGCCAGCACCAAUCCCAGUCUCCCGUUCUUCGCCGGCCUCAGCUUGGCCCUGGGGUGGUGGCUGGCCCACUAAGACUGAGGACUAGCAGUGAUGCUCUUCCCACUAACAGAACCUUGACCCUCUGCAUCACCUCGACCUCCUUUGAGCCUGCGGUGUGCGCCCAUGUGCCAAAAUUUCCCUCGCAUGUGCGGAUUUCAAAGCUUCCCACCUCAUUCACUGCCUCUCCUGUAGGCUUGGUCAACUUGUGGACCCUCCGAGCCCAAUGCAACCUGCCUGCCAUCAGCAAUGGUCCACCAGAGGCUCAGUCUCCUCUUCCCUCUACUCUGCCUGGGAAGCUUUGACGAGCGCCUCCCAGGCCACCGUGCGUAGCUGGUGGGUUGUGUUUGGCUUGUUGGGUCACAGGAAUGUUAGGCCUUGCCUACUCUGUGUAUCAGGGGUGGGGAAACUUUUGUCCAGACCGGGCACCAUAUUCCCUUCUGGUGGGCCACAUGGCAGUGGUGGGCGGGGCCAGAGGCAAAAAAGUGGGAGGAGUGAUGAGUGCAAUCCCCCCUCCUUUGUACAGUAGGAUCUGUUAUGGGCACACUCACACACCCUUCCACUGACUGGAAUGUGCCCUCACACACUUGCUUGCCCAAAGGGAAGAUAGAGGUGGUGGAGUGUGUGUGUCCUGGGGAGAGGGGGUGUGGCCUAGGGAGAGGGGUGUGGCCUAGGGAGAGGGUGUGGCCUAGAGAAAGGGGGUGUGGCCUAGGGAGAGGGGAUGUGGCCUAGAGAGAUCUUGGAGGACCCGUCUGAGAAGCCUGGAGGGACACAUUUGACCCCAUGUGUUAAGACAUCCCCGUCCCUGAUGCGUGUCAAGGCCUAUUUUGUAAUUUCCCAUCCAUCAUCCACCUACCAAGCAGCUUUUGAAAAUCCACAACCAGGUGAUUUAGGCUGCGCCCGUGAAUUCUUCUCUGCUUUGUUCAAACUGAUGAUGAAAGUGAAGCCAAGCAGAAGAGCCUGCAUGCCUUGCUCCAUGGGUUCAUUAAACCUAAGCAGGUGCAAUGCAGACCGAAGGAUGUGGCUUCCUUAUUCACCCUUGCCUUCCCCCUCCUCCACACCCUUUGUUUCCUCUUCAUCAGAUUUUUUUUAAAAUUGUGAGCUCCUUAGGAGCAGGGCGGGUUUUGUGCUCCGGAAAGCAUGUUGUAGACUGGUGGUGCCAGGUAAAUAAAACGAGCAAUAAUUCAACUCGC